GAACUAAAAGAAUAUGAUAAAAAUAAAUACAACCUCAAAAUUUGAAAAGAAACUGUGGUUUUAAAUUCCCGUACGAACUUUUGUUACGAUUUCUCUGUAUUAAUUUUUAUAAAUUAUGUCCUCUACAACAAUAACUAUCAAAGAGAGUUAUGGAAGUUCAAAGAAAAUUCAUCAAGAAUUGGUUACACCUUAUAAACUCACCAUUGUAAUUUUAAUAAAGAGCUAUUGCCAAUUUAAGGAUUCAGGCGAACUUGAUAAUUUGUCAAUAACUGAAAAAGUGAAAUUUCGGAAAUCUUUCUGUAUAUUAUCAUUAAAGAUUUUACAGGGUCCUGAUUUAAAACUUAAUGAGUUAAAAAGUUUGUUAACUCCUUUGGAAGUUCUUCUUCCGGUAUUUGAAAAGUUUGACAAACAUUUAGAGGAAAUUUAUAGCAAUAGUAUAGGAUAUUUACUAGAUAUUGUAGAUGAAGUAAAACAAAUUAUGAAUGCUGAUCUUAACGUGUCUGAAAAGAGUGUACUGUUUUCUAAUAUUAUUUGGAAAAAUAGUGUAAUAGGUUUCUUUUUAAGAAGAUUUAUAGUGUAUUUUGAAAAGUUAAAUUUCUCAGAAGUGUUAAGUUUAUAUCAAGCAUUUUUAAGAUAUUAUAAGGACUGGAAAAAUGGGAUAUCAUCGACAGUCAUAAGCACUACAAAAAUAGAUGAAUGGUAUAUUGAUGAAAAACAGUGGUCCAGAAGACAAGCUGAGCUUUUCUUGGCUACACAAGCUGCUCUGUUACAACAUGAUGAAUGCAAAGCUUUAGAGCCACAAGAUUUGCAAUCCAAAAUAUCAAGUAUAUUAAACUCAAACCCAGAUUUGGCAGAAGCACACUUCUUAUCAUUUUUGAAUUACUUGAGAGUGGAAGAAUUUUGUGGGGCUAUGCAAAGUUUGUUUCACUGCUUUGAUAGAAGAGCAAAUACUGAUGUAAAAUAUUUCAGUGAUGAAAAGAGUAGGGAACAUAGAUACGCUGCCUUGAAUUUGGCUAUAUUACAUUAUCAUUUUGGCCACAUGAAGGAAGCAUUAGCUUCUCUAAAGGAAUCUAUAAAAAUAGCUCAUGAAGCUAAUGAUAGUCUUUGUCUACAACAUGCAUUAUCAUGGUUAUAUCGUUUAUCAAAUGUGAACAAAGAUAAUUUAAUUGUGCAGUGCAUAAUUAAGACUCUUGAACUUAAUAUAAGCUAUACAACAUCUUUAGCAUUACAGAAUUUUGCACAUUAUGGUUCUGCAAAAACUUCUGUAAAACCCAGAGUCAUUUUUGAGACCUUUACAAAGAGUGAUAUGUUGAAUUGUCAACACAAUUACAAAGAUCUGAUGUUCAAUAUCAAUACUAUGAAAGCAGCUCUGUGGCGUUUAUAUGGCAAAACUGAAAUGAAUUCACUUUGGUGUCAAACGCUAUUGUAUUUGAAUUUGGAUACUAACGAAGCUCCAACUACAACUCAUUAUGGUGAAGGCUAUUUACAAGCCUUAUGUAAUAUUGCACUUAAUUUAUUGUUACAGGGUGAGUAUAAUUUAGUCAAUGCUCUUCUGCUUUAUGCUAAAAGGAGAUAUCCAAAUGAACCUUUAUCAAAAAUAUGGAUGCUUGUUGAGAAUUGGGUGGUGUAUACUAAAGCUCUCUAUAAUGAAGACUGGCUUGGGGCUGAAUCGGCUGCUCAAAAGAUCGUCGUCUUGGAUAAGUGGGAGGGAUAUUUAAAGUUGGCAGAAUUAUACCUUUACCAGCAGGAAUACGAGGAAGCUGAUAAGUGUAUAAAUACGAUAUUCCAAGACUAUAACUAUAAUGAACACCUAAGCGACGGAAAGUUUUGUAAAUUAAGGGCACAUAUUUUAAUGUCCGAAAUUCAGUUUGCAAGUGGUUAUCCGAAUGUUUCAAAAGCGGUAUUAACCUUAAACAGUUGCCUAGUGGAAGCUGAAAAAUCAGACUUAGCAUAUUACGUAGCUCUAAUUUAUUUACAUAUAGCUCAUAUAUUACUACAUUUAGGAUUAACAAGUCAGUCUUUAAAAGUUUUAAGUAGUCCGAAAUGUAUGAUAGAAAUAUUGGCCAAUGGUGGACUAUAUGAUAAAAGCAGAGCCAAUUUAUUGUAUGCGAAGUGUCUUAUUGCUGACUCUGCGAAACUAGAUGGUGCAGCGCGGUCUAACGUCAUUAUAAAAGCAGCACAAUCUUUGGAAACGGUUAAGUCUGGGUUUCAGAGGAUUGAAGCUUUUUCUAGAGCAAAGGAUGUACUUUUUUUACAAGCUCAUCUUUAUAACUCUGUGAGUAUGAACAAUGAAAGGAACCAGUGUUCCUUAGAUUAUAGGUUAAUUAAUGAAGAACACCCUACUAAAAAUAUCCAGACUUUAAUAAAGUAUUUAUAAAAU